GUGAAUCGGUGAAGGACAUGGCUUUGAUAGCAACUCAAGCUUUUCUGUGCAACACCCAUGGCGCGUUUCUUCCAGGACCCAGACCUAGACCUUUCGAUUCUGACCGUUCUUCACUCUCUCGUCACCACCUCUAUUACUGCAAACAUCCCGGAAAAACAUGGCCUGCAGUCUCCUUUUCUAUCCCCAUGAACCCAACGCCCCUCCAUUCUACGGCCACCGUAUGCCGCGCGUCUCCCCGCAAGUCCACUGCCGUGAGUCCAGCCUCGGAAGAAUGCGACGGUGAUAGUUUGCGGCGAAUCUUUCAGGUGGCUCUCUGGACCGCUGAGGCUGUUUACAUCUCGUGGCUCUUUUUGCUGCCUUAUGCUCCUGGAGAUCCCGUAUGGGCAAUCAGUUCAGAGACAAUUAACGCUCUCAUUGGCCUUUCUCUCAAUUUCUUCUUCAUCUUGCCUUUGACGAAUGCUGUUGGCAUUCGUCUGAUUGAUGCCCCAGUUCUUCACCCGAUGUCUGAGGGAUUGUUCAACUUUGUUAUUGGGUGGACGCUAAUGUUUGCUCCAUUGUUGUACACGGAUUGUAAGAGAGACAGAUGCAAAGGUUCCCUUGAUGUUCUUUGGGGUCUGCAGAUGUUCCUCACAAACACAUUCUUAAUUCCUUACAUGGCAAUCCGGCUGAAUGAAGCUGAUGCAGACGGCCCUCCUAGCAAGCGCUCUCCGCUAGGCUCUGUGAUGACAAAUGGUGCACCCGUGGUGGGAUUGAUUGGUGGUGCUGUAUGUCUGUUAUCUGCAAUAUGGGCUCUCUUUGGGCGAAUGGAUGGUGAUUUUGGGAGCAUAACAGAUAGAUGGCAGUUCCUGAUAAGUUAUUUGGGAUCAGAAAGGCUGGCAUAUGCCUUCAUUUGGGAUAUAUGCUUUUACAUAAUCUUCCAGCCUUGGUUGAUAGGUGAGAACCUACAAAAUGUUCAGAGAAGCAGGGUACCUCUAGUAAAUUACCUUAAAUUUAUCCCUGUGGUUGGCUUAGUUGCCUAUCUUCUCUUUUUGGAGCUGGAGGAGGAAAAAUAGUUUGAUGCUAUAUACUACAGCGAUUUCUGACGGAUCCGAGUCUAGAAAAGCCUUAUGAAUGUUGAUGUAUGAAGAGGAGAAGUUUGUAGCUAUCCUUUCUGUAAAAGGGAGCAAAUGAAAACUGUCCCAAUUUUUUUCCAUGGUGAGAAUUCUUGAACAGAGAUAUGUAAUUGAGAAUGAAGUUCUGAUAA